GAAAUUGUAACCCGGAAGUGCUUGUUGGACUUCCGAAGUAAACUUUUGAGUGUUUAUCAAGAAGGAGGCGUGAAUUUUUUACAUAUGCGUAAUGAAUUUAAGUGUCUCCAAUUCCUAUGGAAAUGGCCUCCUAUAUGCAGGCUGGAAUCAGGAUCAAGGGUGUUUUGCCUGUGGUAUGGAGACUGGAUUUAGGGUGUAUAACUCAGACCCACUAAAAGAGAAAGAACGACAGGAUUUUACAGAUGGCGGUAUUGGUCACAUUGAAAUGUUGUUCAGAUGUAACUAUCUUGCAUUGGUUGGUGGCGGAAAGAACCCAAGAUAUCCUCCAAACAAAGUGAUGGUUUGGGAUGAUUUAAAGAAGAAGCAUGUUAUAGAGCUUGAGUUCUCGAGUGAAGUCAGAAGUGUUAGAUUAAGGAGAGACAGAAUUGUAGUGGUGCUAGACACAAUGAUCAAAGUUUAUACAUUCACACAGAACCCACAACAGUUGCAUGUUUUUGAGACCUGUCAGAAUAACAGAGGUUUAUGUGUGAUGUGUCCAAACAGCAACAACUCCCUGCUCACAUUCCCAGGUCGUAAAACAGGCCAUGUACAAGUAGUAGAUUUAGCUAACACAGAGAAAUCACCUCUAGAUAUAGAUGCACAUGAGGCCUCACUAAGCUGUAUGGCGCUCAAUCUUCAGGGAACAAGACUUGCCACAUCAUCAGAAAAGGGUACAUUAAUAAGAGUAUUUGACACUAGCAAUGGACAGCAACUCCAUGAGUUAAGAAGGGGAGCUAACCAUGCAAAUAUUUAUUGCAUAAAUUUUAAUCAAGACUCUACAUUACUAUGUGUGUCGAGUGACCAUGGUACAGUGCAUAUAUUUUCAACAGAAGAUGCAAAAAAGAACAAACAGUCAAGUUUAGCCGGUGCCGGUUUCCUGCCAAAGUACUUCAGUUCAAAAUGGAGUUUCUGCAAGUUCCAGGUGCCAGGCGGUGCUCACUGUAUGUGUGCCUUUGGUUCCGAUAGUAGUUCUGUGAUAGAUACUAAAUCAGUUAUUGUUGUUUGUGCUGAUGGAAGUUAUUACAAGUUUGUGUUCAACCAGAAGGGAGAGUGUUCCAGGGACGUAUACUCACAGUUCCUAGAGAUGACGGAUGAUCGCUCAUAGUUACCUACAGCUACAUCACUCGUCAUCACAUCGCCAUGUUUCAACACACAAUAACAAGUACCUACAAGUAUACAGCACUUUCAGAAAAUGUAAAAAAAAUAACUGUAUGCUUAUAAACACCAAUUUUGAGUGUUGUUGAAGUUAUUGUGCCAAUUUUUAAAGCAGAACAAUUGUUAGAACAUGGGAACCAGUAUUUUCAAGAAUUCCGUCAUUCCCUAAAAAUAGGUCUCAUUUAUGUGGCAUUUUUUUACGUUUUAGGGAUUAACUUAUUAAUUUAUUAGUCUAUAGGAUAAAAAGACAAAUGCUGUUUUGAAGAAGGGUUUCAGUCCUCUAAAAGUUAUCUUCCUUAGGCCACCAAUUAAAAUAUCUUUGUUUGCUGCUUCAGACCCUGCACUUUAAGUUGGUCAUAUGCAAACAAAUCAAGAAGAGACAAUGAAAUUGAAGACUUUUUUAUUUUAUUAUUUAAUUGGGUCCCAAAAUACUCACAGUUGACAUAAUAUUUUAUUUAUUAAGCUAUUCGAUUUUGUCAGACUACCAUUGCAACCUCAUACACUGAAUUGUUUUAAAAACUUAACAUGUACAUAGCUAUAAAUAACUCCUAUUUUAGGCUGAUGGUUUGAUUCAGAUUUUCCAAGAACAUUGCAUUAUAUUUAAUAGAGUAAAUACUGAAGUAGGUUUUUGUAAUGUUUGAAAACUCUGUCCAUGAAAAAAGCUCUAGGAAAUGUCUUUAAAACUGCAGAACAGCUGAUGUUUGAAACUCGAGGUGACUUAGAUUUUUUUUUUGUAAAGGAAAGACACCGUGAAAUGAAAGUAAAUUCCUUAAAAUGCCCUUGAAUUUUAGUGCAAAGCACUUGUAUGCAUCAACCCAGUAAUAAAAUUACUUUUAAUUGUCGAUGUUACAGUAUAAGUUUAUCUUUUAUAGAUUUUGUUUUGAACAAAACAUUGUAUGACACUUACAAACUGUAUUAGAUUUUAAACUAAAAAAUGCUUCUUGUUUUUGCCAUAGAUUUGAAAGGUUGUUUAUGUUUGCUUACCCAUUGGCAUUACAGCAUUUGUUUAAUUUUUCUUGUUUUAUAUUGAAUUAUCACACUUGUAGAAUUUUUAAGAAUUGUGCAUCAUAUAGUUAUUUCAUAUAACCCUUAUUUAAAGGGAAAAACUGUAUAAAUAAUUUGCAAUAGUAACUGAUAAAUAUGAUUGUAUGAUAUAAAGGCAAUAAGGCUGAGAUUUUAGGAAAUGUAUGUGUGCAGCCACUUGUAAAAAAACAACAGAAGCUACAUCUGAAAAAAAUCAAUCAUGUUGCAAGUUUACAUGUAAUUCUUCAUAGUUAUUUAAAACUUCAGAGUUAUGUUUUAUAAGUGCAUUAUGAAAGUGUGCAACUAAAAAACAAGGACAGAAGUGCAACAAGAAAAAGAAUCCUGGCCAUCCAUACAGCACUCUGCAUGGAAAUAUAGGCAGGUGCACACAAACUGUAUUCAUGAGUACACAAAUAAAAGAUAAUGGAAUAAUAAAAGAACACAGACGUAACAAACAGAAAUAAAUAGAUAUGAAGAUUGAAUAUGGCAGGGCACUGCCUAGGACUGGUCAGAGGUAAAACCAUCUGGACUUUGUGUGCCAAACCUCCCCCUCGCCUCAUGUUCCUAUAGUACAAGAUAGUGUAUUGGGGUAAAUAGAACGACUUUGUUCAGUUGAUUCUUAAAUUGUAUGAAAAGUGCACAUACAUGUAGAUGCUUACUGAAGUAAGCAAUGAAAUACCGUAGGUAGCCAUACAUGUAUGAAAUCUCAGCCUCAGUACUAAUGCAUAGGAAGCUACUUAAAGUGGUCUUGUUUGAAAAUAAGUUCAUAUUGUUCCAUAAAAGUCUUUUCCAUGUUUUAUUUUAGGAAUAUAUUGAGGCAAUGGCUAUAAAUUUGUUUUCUCUUUGACUCAGAUAUGUAAGCCAUAUACUCUCACAACAAACAUGUAAUUUUUUUGUAUUUCCUGUCUGUUAUAUUCACUUUGUUUUCAGUUAUUUAUCUUGAGAAAAUUAGGAGUGAAUGUUCUUCAACAGCACUGGCUAUGAGGUAUCCAAGUAAGUGAGUGAGGUGAGAAGUCUAAGAAUACAGGUCUGUCAUUGGUCAGUCUCAAGAAUGAGGUCAGAAUCAUCCAGUCAGAUGCUGGAGAUUAGAGACUGGUUUCCAUACCUCAUGUUUUUAUUUCGAUGUAAAUGAGAUGUGAAACCAAAAUUUGUAGUCCUGUUUGGUGCCAUAUAACCUAUACUGUGUUGGUGCGCCGUAAAACCCAAAUAAAUAAAUAGAGACUGGUAUCAUGAAAUCAAGGGAAAUAACUCUACGGAAAAUUGACCAAUUAAAAAACAAGAGGGCCAUAAUGGCCCUAUAUCGCUCACCUGUCAUCAUUGCACUUGAAGACAAGAAGGUCAAAAAAUCGUAAGAUCAAUCAAAAGAAUCAUGAGAAAAUAAAGAAAUGUCAAAAUACACCUAUAAAUUGGAAGUACCAUCCAUGUUGUACAACAGGAAAGUGGUUUCGGUUUUUCCCUACGGCCAAUAAUAAAAAAGUUACUAAAUAAGCUAUUUAUAGUAACAUAAAAGGGAAGUAAUUAAAACAGAAAUUAUUGUAAGUGAACAAAAGAAUGAUCUGCCAAAUAAAAACAAGAGCACUGCAAUGCAACGCAAAUGCAGAGCAAUGUACACACAAAACAAAGUCAUAUGACCUUAGACCCCUAAGUGUGACUUUGACCUUGAAGUGAGCCAUCCGAAACGUGCGCUCUGCACAUCGUUUCCAUGAGGUGAACAUUUGUAUCAGGUUUCUUUGAAAUCCUUCAAGGGGUUCAAGAGUUACAGUGCGGUAGGGAAAUUGCUAACCAGUAGACAGACAGACGGACACCAAGGCGAUAACAUAAUACGUCUCUUAGGCUGUAUAAAAAGGAAUCGAGAUUUUAUGGUGAUACAAGCUGUGUGCAAGUUUGGUUAAAAUCAAAUCAUAAAUGAAGCUACUAUUGUGCAGACAAAGUCAAAAUAGCUAAUUUUGGCCCUUUCAGGGGCCAUAACUCUGGAACACAUUAAGAGAUCUGGUCAGUUCAAGAAAGGAACCAAGAUCUUAUGGUGACACAAGUUUUUGUGCAAGUUUGAUUAAAUUCAAAUCAUAAAUGAAGCUGUUAUUGUGCAGACAAGGUCAAAAUAGCUAAUUCUGGCCCAUUCAGGGGCCAUAACUCUGGAAACCAUAAUGGAAACUGGCCAGUUUAAAAAAGGAAUCAUGAUCUUGUGGUGAUACAAGUUGUGUGCAAGUUUGGUUAAAAUCAAAUCAUAAAUGAAGCUGCUAUUAUGCAGACAAGGUCAGAAUAGCUAAUUUUGGCCCUUUCAGGUGCCAUAACACUGGAACCCAUAAUGGGAUCUGGCCUGUUCAAGAAAGGAACCAAGAUCUUAUGGUGAUACAAGUUGUGUGCAAGUUUGGUUAAAAUAAAAUCAUGAAUGAAACCACUACCAUGCAGACAAGAAAUUGUGGACGGACGAAGGGCAAUCACAAAAGCUCACCCUGUCACUACGUGACAGGUGAGCUAAAAAAAUGACGGGCAUCAUCAAAGUAUGUUGGUUCAUAUUUAUUUCAAGUUUCAUGAAAUUCUACCAGCUUGUUACUGAGAAAUGGCUGCAGACGUGGAUUUUUCAUUAAAUCAAGGGCAAUAACUCUAAGGAAAAUUGACCGAUCAAAAAAAAAAACUUGACGGGCAUCAUGGCAGUAUGUUGGUUCAUGUUUACUUCCAAGUUUUAUGAAAUUCUACCUGCUAGUUACUGAGAAAUGGCUGCGGAUGGACAACGCCAUUUCAAUACCCACCUCCGGAUUUCAUCGGUGGGGGAUAAAAAAAUGAAAUACCAAACUAAGUGCUAAUUAUUUAAUGCUCACCUGGGGCCGUAUUCAUAAAGCAUCUUAAGUAUAAGUAUAAGAAAUUGAUUAUUAUGUCUCCUCCAGGAGACAUAUUGUUUUUGCCCUGUCCGUCCGUCCGUACGUCACAUUUCAUUUCCGAGCAAUAACUGGAGAACCAUUUGACCUAGAACCUUCAAACUUCAUAGGGUUGUAGGGCUGCUGGAGUAGACGACCCCUAUUGUUUUUGGGGUCACUCCGUCAAAGGUCAAGGUCACAAGGGCCUGAACAUUGAAAACAAUUUCCAAUCAAUAACUAGAGAACCACUUGACCCAGAAUGUUGAAACUUCAUAGGAUGAUUGGUCAUGGACAGUAGGUGACCCCUAUUGAUUUUGGGGUCAAAGGUCAAGGUCACAGGGGCCUGAACAUGGAAAACCAUUUCCGAUCAAUAACUAGAGAACCACUUGACCCAGAAUGUUGAAACUUCAUAGGAUGAUUGGUCAUAAAGAGUAGAUGACCCCUAUUGAUUUUGGGGUCACUCCAUUAAAGGUCAAGGUCACAGGGGCCUGAACAUUGAAAACCAUUUCCAGUCAGUAACUUGAGAACCACUUGACCCAGAAUGUUGAAACUUAAUAGGAUGAUUGGUCAUGCAGAGUAGAUGACCCCUAACGAUUUUGGGGUCACUCCUUGAAAGGUCAAGGUCACAGGGGCCUGAACAUUGAAAACCAUUUCCGGUCAGUAACUUGAGAACCACUAGACCCAGAAUGAUGAAACUUAAUAGGAUGAUUGGUCAUGCAGAGUAGAUGACCCCUGACGAUUUUAGGGUCACUCUGUUAAAGGUCAAGGCCACAGAGGCCUGAACAUGGAAAACCAUUUCCAAUCAAUAACUUGAGAACCUCUUGACCCAGAAUGUUGAAACUUCAUAGGAUGAUUGUUCAUGCAGACUAAAUGACCCCUAUUGUUUUUGGGGUCACUCUGUUAAAGGUCAAGGUCACAGGGGCCUGAACAUUGAUAACCAGUUCCGAUCAAUAACUUGAGAACCACUUGACCCAGAAUGCUGAAGCUUCAUAGGAUGAUUGAACAUGCAGAGAAGAUGGUCCCUAUUGAUUUUGGGGUCAGUCUAUUAAAGGUCAAGGUCACAGUGGCCUGUUCAUGUAAAAUCAUUUUUUGGAAAUAACUUGAGAACCACUUGACCUACAAUGUUGAAACUUAAUAGGAUGAUUGGACAUGCAGAGUAGAUGACCCCUAUUUAUUUUGAGGUCACUUAAUGAUCAAAGGUCAAGGUCACAGGGACCUGAACAGUGACUUAAGAGUGUUGAAAUUUAGCAGGAUGACUGGACAUGCCAAGCAGAUGAUCCCUAUUGCAGCCAACCAUCAGUGUCUCUUUGACUUUCGCUCCUGACCCCUAUUGACUUCUUGCCUAUAGGACUUUGCAUUGGGGGAGACAUGCGCUUUUUUACAAAAGCAUUUUCUAGUUUACUUAAGUAUUACUUUGGUAAGAAAUUUAUCUUACUUAAGUAUAUUUGUUAUUCAUAAAACAACUUAAUAAGUAAUUCUUGGCUUUUAUUGCGGACGAAAACAUUAAAAAAAUACAACAUUAAUUUCAGACAGAUACAACAUGCACAAUUAUGUUUAAAGUGAUUUUAUCUAAAAAAAAAAAACAACACUUUAAUUGCACUCACGACGCCAUUUUGUUUUCUGACAAGUCAUUUCUCACGUAUCUUAACUUAAAGCUGUUUUAUGAAUAGGACUUAAGUUUUUUACUUAGACUUCAGCUGAAAUCACCACAAACUUAAGUAAAAUCUUCAACUUAAGUCAAAACUUAUACUUAAGAUGCUUUAUGAAUACGGCCCCAGGUCUGUGAGGUGGUCUUAGGUUCUUCGGUGCUAAUGAAAUUUUCUUUCCAAUAGAAGUGCAGAUUUAUUUCAUACACUUGAUUGUUACAAUAAAUUGAAGGUUAUUUUAACAUUCUCAAAGGACUAUCUAAAGAAAGCCAGUUCUUCCUGUACAAGUGUUACACUUAGACAUAUAUGUGUCUAUAUAUAUGGAUGUUUAGUCACAGUACAUAUGCACUUUGAACCAAUGAUUCUGAGCUGAGACAUUUGAUAGCAUUUGUUAUGUACUUGGAUAGUAUUAUUGGCAUUUCUUUCAAUCAGGUAGACUCGAAUUGUGCAGGAAAAUGGCCAAUAAACAUUUGUUGACAAUAGGAGUUGAAAAACAAGAUACCAUACUGUAGUUAGAACAACAUUAUUUUAGAUGUUCAUUAUGUAAAAUACAUCAUGCUACAAAUAUAUUUUCUACUGUUUAAUGUGAAUCAAGCAUUUUUUCAUAAUUGCAUCAUUGUUUAAAGGUGCAAUAUUUGAAAAGUAUUGUGUAUUAUAUGUAUCUAUGACAUGUAAAUAAUUACUGUUAAUGCUGAAAACAAUUUAUUAAAGAUAUCUAUAAGCAAUCGAA